AUGCUAUCAUGCUUCGGUUGCUUUGGCUCGCGCAGCGAUGAGAGCGAGCGCGAGCCGCUGCUGCCGCGAUACAACGACGACACGACACUGCAGACGCGCCUCCACGAGAAGCUCCACACAUAUCAGAUGCUGCGGGCCAUGUCCAAGGGAUACAUGCCCACUAACGCACAGGCAAUCAUUCACCUGCGCACGCUGCUUUCCGCCCAGGUCCUGAAUCCGCAUGGCGACGAGUUGAGCCCGUCGGGACGAGCGCUGGUCCGCAGCCUGAAGCUUUGGUUGACGCAGCUCAUCGCGCUUCUUCAACACAAAAACGCAGAGGAUCAGAUCCAGGAUUUCGUUUGGUAUCUGGCCAAAGCGCGGCUGGAUGUGGAUGUGGACGACAUCGAGGUGAGGGCGACGGGCGCAAAGGUCAAGGCAGAUGUGACGUCGACAUACCGGAGCUUACAAACUGUGGGCUCGCUGCUUCUGAACAACUCCGACUUUCGAAUCUUCUUAUCCGACUUGAGCACCGUGGGGAGGGAGGUGCUUCACGAUACGGCCUUUACUCUGGCCGAUGUGUCCAAGAAAGCAGGCGAGGCCAUCGAGCCCGACAAGAAGAGCCAGGACGCGUUGAAGCACCCGAAUGGAGACUCCAAGCCCGCUCCGUCAAAUCAGGAUCUCAAAGAUGAACUGGCCAAGGUUUCCGAGGCUGUGGCAGAUGGUGCGGCGGAGGUUAUCGAUGAAGCUGGCCAGAGCUUGACGGAGCACGUCGGAGGAGAGGAGGGAGAGACGCUCAUCCACCGCCUCAAGGAAACCGUCCUCAAUCUUCGACAGCACACUGACUACUCGGAAUCCGUGUCCACCCUGUCUCGCCUCAUCCGGCGGUACCUCCUGGCCUACUCGCACGCCGCCGCGGAGACGAUCCAAGCCGUCGAAGAGGACACGCACACCAACGCCGAGGCCGACAGGGCGCUGCACAACUUCUGGCUCUUCCUCACCUCGCUCGGCAACCGCGAGGACUGGCAGGGCGUGGAGAAGUCGUUCGCGGCGGUCAUGGAGGACGGCCAGACGGAUCCCAACUUCGACGAGCUCGUGCGGCAGGUGGGCAACCUGGUGCAGGACAUGCUGAUGGACCCGGACUUCUUCGACGAGGCCGAGGAGCGGUUUCGGGAGCUGCGCAAGAAGUCGGAUGAACUCGUGGCAAAGUCGUCGAUUCGGGAUGACUUGGAUGCGCUCCUCGCCAGCCUGCACUCGGCGCUGCGCUCUGUCGUGGCUGACGCGGACAUUAAGAAACUCAUCCACGCCAGCAAGAGAAUCGCCACUCUCCUUUCCCCGGCCGGACAGAGCACCAACGGGGAACUGAUAUCUGACUCGGCCAACAUCUUUGUGCCAAUGCUCAUUCAAGCCGUGCAGUACAUCCCCAUACCCCGUGUCGAAGUGGCGUCGCCAGCCAUCGACCUGUUGCUGGAGAACCUCAUCCUCGAACCAGGACGGACAGUCAACCACAGCUCCUUCUUCCCCUACAAGCUCAAGAUUUCAACACAGAACGAUGUCGAAGUCCGCAAAGCACGGUUCGGGACCAAGUCGUCCAUGACGUCGUUGCUGAAUGUCACAGUGUCCGGGCUGUCUAUUGCUGCAGAUGACCUGGGCUACUGGCUACGUCUACACUCCGGCCUACUUCGGAUGGCCGACGAGGGCCUUGCAGGGUUCUACCUGGACGAGCGCGGCGUCGACAUCUCUCUCGACAUUGAGAUUGGGCGGGAAAACCUGGAGCAAAUGGUGGUCCUGCGGGGAGUCGACGUGCACAUCCACCACCUCAACUACACGCUCAGCAAGUCCAAGUUUGCGUGCCUGGCGUGGCUCCUCAAGCCCCUGAUACGACCAAUGGUGAAGAAGGCGCUCGAGGUCAAGCUGGCAUCCGCCAUCUCCGAGGGCAUCCACACGCUGAACCGGGAGCUACUCUACGCACGGGAGCGGCUGCGAGCGACGCGGAUCGCCAACCCCAGCGACGUGUGGACCUUUGUGCGCGCCGUGCUGGCCCGCCUGGUGCCAGCGGGCGACCCAGACAUCGACACGCGGGUGGGCGUCCUGGCGGCGGGCAAGGGCGUGUUCCGGGGACGCUACGCGCCGGGAAGCCUGGUCAGGCUGUGGGAGAGGGAGGGCCGCGAUGCGGAGCAGCGGGUGGCCGAGUACGAGCAGGACGGGUGGAAGAAUGUCAUCUUUGACGUCAAGACGCGGUCGGUGUGA